AGGACUACAACUUCCAUGAUGCUCGGGGAGGCAGGGGGCGGGCCUGCCGCGCUGGUGUUUCCGGCGGCGGCGGCGGCGGCCGGGGACGGUGUGAGAGGUGGUAAGAUGGCGGCGGCGGCGGUGGAGUUCCAGAGAGCCCAGUCCCUGCUCAGCACCGACCGGGAGGCCUCCAUCGACAUCCUGCACUCCAUCGUGAAACGUGACAUUCAGGAAAAUGAUGAGGAGGCGGUGCAGGUCAAAGAGCAGAGCAUCCUGGAACUGGGAUCGCUUCUGGCCAAGACUGGACAGGCCGCAGAGCUUGGGGGACUCCUGAAGUACGUGCGACCCUUCUUGAACUCCAUCAGCAAGGCGAAGGCGGCUCGUCUGGUCCGAUCCCUGCUGGACCUCUUCCUUGACAUGGAAGCAGCCACAGGGCAGGAGGUGGAGCUAUGCUUAGAGUGCAUUGAGUGGGCCAAAUCUGAGAAGAGGACAUUCUUACGUCAGGCUCUGGAGGCGAGGCUGGUGUCGUUGUACUUUGAUACCAAGAGGUACCAAGAAGCAUUACAGUUGGGUUCUCAGUUGCUGAGAGAGUUAAAGAAGAUGGAUGACAAGGCUCUUCUGGUAGAAGUGCAGCUCUUGGAGAGUAAAACAUACCAUGCCCUGAGCAAUCUUCCCAAAGCGCGAGCUGCCUUAACGUCUGCUCGAACCACAGCAAAUGCCAUCUACUGCCCUCCUAAGUUGCAGGCUACCUUGGACAUGCAAUCAGGUAUCAUCCAUGCAGCAGAAGAGAAGGACUGGAAAACAGCGUACUCUUAUUUCUAUGAGGCAUUUGAAGGCUAUGACUCCAUUGACAGCCCCAAGGCCAUCACAGCACUGAAGUACAUGCUGCUUUGCAAAAUCAUGCUCAACACGCCAGAAGAUGUCCAAGCCUUAGUGAGCGGGAAGCUUGCACUGCGGUACGCAGGGAGGCAGACAGAAGCAUUAAAAUGUGUGGCUCAGGCUAGCAAGAAUCGAUCGCUGGCAGACUUUGAAAAGGCACUGACAGAUUACCGGGUAGAACUCCGGGAUGACCCUAUUAUCAACACUCACCUGGCUAAGUUGUAUGAUAACUUAUUGGAACAGAAUCUGAUCCGCGUGAUUGAACCCUUUUCCAGAGUCCAGAUUGAACAUAUAUCCAGUCUCAUCAAACUCUCUAAGGCCGACGUGGAAAGGAAACUGUCACAGAUGAUUCUUGACAAGAAAUUUCAUGGGAUCCUGGACCAGGGGGAGGGAGUCCUGAUUAUUUUUGAUGAACCUCCAGUAGAUAAAACGUACGAAGCCGCUCUGGAGACGAUUCAGAAUAUGAGUAAAGUAGUGGAUUCACUCUACAACAAAGCCAAGAAACUGACCUAGAGUUGGAUUUGGUAGCUGUCGUUUGGAGAGUGUGUGUGGCAGGAGAGUGAAACCUUUGGGGAAAAUGCUAGGAGAUUUUUUUUUCUUUUUGUUCUACUUUUCGCUCGGAAAGUUUUUAAAUUUCCUCAUUCGGUGCAUCUGUAUUCCAGCCGAUAGGUGUGCCAGUUUCCAUGUAAUCUUUACUGGCCCAACUUGGGAGUGGGGAAUAUUGUUUAAAAAAAAAAAAAGAAAAAAAAGAGGUUAUUCUAAAUAAAAAGAAAAAGGCUUACACUA